AUGUCUAUUUCACCAAUAAUCACAUUCAAGGCAGGAAAAUGCGAAGUCGACACAAGCAGCAAGCCUUACAAAGUCACCCCAGAUCCCACACCUGGAUACAUCUACCUCUACUCCGAAGAUGAACUGGUCCACUUCUGCUGGCGUGAACGAAGCAAACCCAUCACUGAAGAAGCCGAGCUUAACCUGCUGAUGUUCCCGAUGGAUGGGCAUUUCGAGCCUUACGAAUACAAGACCUCCGAUCAGCCCACAUCCAAGACGAACGGCCGUAUCUUCACGCUCAAGUUCUCUUCUUCCUCCCAAAGACACUUGUUCUGGCUGCAAUCGAAGCCCCAAGCUCGCAAUGGAGAUCCUAGUUGGUUUAGUCCACGGGACUUGAAGAUUGGCCAGAUCGUCGACACAUUACUACAAGGCGAGGAUGUCAAUGUGGAAGGUGAGAUUGCUCAGGUCCGAGACGGCAAUAGUGGAAAUGACGAUGGGGAUGAGACAAUGGAGGAUGCUGAAGGCCACGAGGAUGCAUCGGAACACCAACGCGGGGGCAGUGGCGGUGCUGGACCUGAUGCCACUGGCGGGGAUAUUAGAGAGGAAGGCUCAGGCGCGAGGGAAGGUGGAGCUGAUGGGGGACGAGCGUAG